AUGGUCCGCUUUUCCGUUUUAGCCUUGGUCGCCUUCUUGGCCGCGGUCUUUGCGCUGCCCCAGAACUUCUGCACCACUGUCUGUCGCCCCGUCAAGCCCGAAUGUCCCUCUGGCCAGGUCGCUAGCGGAAAUGAGGGCUGCUGGGGUUGCUGCCAAUCCAUCUCCGUCCUACCCAUUAACGUCGCAAAUGCAACCGAUGUCUGCACUGCCGUCUGUCGCCCCGAGAAACCCGAGUGUCCUACUGGCGAGGCUCCGACCGGUCAGGAAAAUUGCUGGGGUUGCUGCGAGCCUGUGGCGGAACCCGAAGGAAACAUCUGCACCCUCGAAUGCAAGCUUGAGAAGCCCGAGUGCCCUACUGGCGAGGCACCAACCGGAGGAGAAGGCUGCUGGGGCUGCUGCCAACCUGUCCAAGAAAACGAAGGCAACAUCUGCACCCUUGAAUGCAAGCUUGAGAAGCCUGAAUGUCCCACUGGAGAGGCUCCCACUGGUGGUGAGGGCUGCUGGGGCUGCUGCCAACCUAUCACAACGACCGAGAAGCGCGACGAGACUGAGGAAGACACCGAUGUCUGUCUCGCCGUCUGCCAGGAAACGAAACCCGAGUGUCCUUCUGGAGAGGCACCCACCGGUAGUGAGGGCUGCUGGGGAUGCUGCCAACCUAUCGUCCAUGAGAAAACAGUCGCUGACGAUGAGGUCUGCAUUGCCGUUUGCCAGGAGAAGAAACCUGAGUGUCCUGUCGGCGAGGCUCCAACUGGACAGGAGGGAUGCUGGGGAUGCUGUGAGCCCGUCGCAUAA